AUGGUUGAAGUUAUAGAGCUUACAAAAGAAAACAUUAUCUUACCGGCUUAUCGUGGUCGCCUUACUGAGGGCUUCACCUAUGAUGUCAGGAAUAAUACUCUACUCUGGGUUGAUAUCAUUAACGCUGAGGCUCACAGGGUUUAUUUGGACGACAAGGACUUGGAAAAAAGACACCAGGUCUUGAAGAUCAACAAAGCCGGCGAGUCAAUUGGCGCCAUUUGCAAGACUAACGAUGUGGAUACUGUCCUUCUCUGCACUAAGACCGGAGUGUCUUUCGGAAACUUCACAUCCGGUUCCAUCAAGCCUUAUGUUUCCUAUCCAUUUAAUGAAGAACAGAAGCACCGUUUGCGUUCAAACGAUGCCAACAUUGACCCUUGGGGAAACUUGUGGGUUGGCGUGAUGACGGAUUUCCCACGUACCAAGGAAGAUGGUUUGAAGGAAGAAGGUUUCUUGUACAGAAUCGACCACAAAACUGGAGAGAUCAAGGUGAUGCAAGAGAAGACAAUCAUCUCCAACGGAUUGGCCUUCACCAAGGAUGGAAAGAAGUUAUACUGGACUGACUCUCCCAGAAAGACGGUGUACUCGUUCGACUACGACCACGAGACCACCACGCUCAGCAACAAGGCUACACUUAUAGAUUUCAAAGCUGCAUUUAAGGAUAAUAAGGAAUUAUCUGAAAUUUCUACAUCGAAGGAAAAUUUCAUUCCAGACGGCUUGGAUUUCACAGAUGACGAAUACAUCUACCAAGCUGGGUUUGGUACCUCCACCGUUGUUAAAUUCAACCUUAAAGGAGGCGUGGAGCAGGUUAUCAAAUUACCUGCUGAGCAAGUCACUUGCGUUCUAGUGGCAGGCAAAGAUAAUGACGAUAUCUUUAUCAACACUGCUCACCUUGAGCACGAGGAUCUUGAUGCAGUGGUCAAGGUUGCAGACGAGACUGAGAAGGACUUUGGCGGACAUCUUUUCAGAUACAAGGCGCCAAAUGUGAAGCCACGGUACCAGGAUAUCUGGCAAGGCAAGUAUGAGUAA